AUGCCGAUGCAAAGCACGCUGAAGUCCAACAAUGGCUCUGAGGAAGUCACCGGAGAAAUAAAUUACGAUGACUUGGCAAACAACAUGCUCGAAGAAAUGGAUAAACAUAUACAUGAGGAAACGCAAGAGUUUCAGAAUAGCCCCGGGAAAGUCCAAUACAGAAAUGUACCUGGUAGUAAAAUGAACAUGGGGGUGGAAAACCAAGCGAAUGAGUUGCCAACAUCUUACCAGACGAAUGAUCAUUAUAAUCAUAACCAGGGUAAUAGAAUAGACGAACAUACAGUGCAUGCAGGUUCGUACCCUCGUCGAGUCAUGACAGCAUUAGGCCCCCUACCCCUUCCAGAAGAAUUCAAAAAAAACAUCCCAGAAAAAUUUGUUGCAAAGCCUAUUAUAGAAGAAAGAGAAAUAUACGUAUCGAAGAAGGAGAGGAAACAGAGAGAAAUAGAAAUACCACAUGUAAAAUAUGAACAUACAUUUGAGAAGGUAAAAAAACAGCUCAUAGUGAACAAAUUAGUACCAAGUGUUUCAGAAGUGAUUAAGGAAGUACCCAAGGAAGUCCUAAAACCAGUUAUCGAAGAAAAAAUAAUCGAAGUGCCACAAGGAGUUAAGUAUGUGGAAGUACCUGUAGAAGUGCCCUGUCUAUAUCCACCAAAAAUUGUCCCCAAAGUUGUAACGCAGUAUGUUGAAAGAAUCGUGGAAACGAUAAAACCGGUCGUUCAGGAGAAGAUUAUUGAAGUGCCACAGACGGUGAUUAAACAAGUGCCUAAGAUAAAAACCGUAGAAGUGCCUUAUUAUAUCCCUAGAUAUGUGGAAAAAAUUGUAGAGGUUCCUUUUAAGCCCAAUGGGGAAAUGCCUCAGUUAGGCACACACAUCCCCUUCCCCAUUUCGGAAUCGUUCCCACCCCUGAAGCCCACCCAAUUUUUGAGCAACUCUACGAGGCAGCCAAAUCAGCCGGGCCAGUCUAGCCAACCUAACCAGCUGCCUGUGCAAAGAUCCAUCCUCUCCCAAAUAAACUGUUUUGCCAGUUCCGGGAAAAGCAAUAUGAACAGCUCAGAACAAAUGUUCGGAAAUUUGACUAUGCCCCCAACUACGCUGAAGCCAAUAGGUGUCAACCCACCUGGCAAUAGUGCAACGAACACGCCCAGGAGCAUCCCGAGGAACCUUCCAACCGGUUCCAAUUCCCCCUUUAGCUCCAACCAGAAUUUUAGAAAGAAUGAAAAUUUGUUCAGUCAAAUUGAGAAUUUACCGUACAUACAUAAUUUACCUGAUGGCUUGAAAUGGCAAUAUCCUGAUGGGACUUUAACGAAUCAGCAGCUCCUCCCCAAUAGCAACAACGCAGUUCCACCACUUGUGUUCACUUGCCCACCAGAAAUUGGAAAAGUUACAUGCACAAAAAAGGACAUUCAACCGGAUAUUCUCACCAAGACAGGUGUUUACGAAUUUGAUGGUUUUAAAAAAAAAGGGACAUCUCAGUCUUUGUUUCCCCCUCUGGCACACCAUGACCGAGUGCCAUUCUUGCCUUCCCCAGCUUCACCUGGAACUCCCGACGUGAAGAAUAUUCAGGAGAAUAACUAG